AUGGAUCAAGUACAGAUAUGCGUGCAACAAAGAAAGUUAGGACAACUCUUUGAUCAAGUCAAGACGACAACUUACGACUAUUGGAUUAUUUUCUACAGCCCACUUUUCUGGUUCUUAUCCAUAAUUAUCAUCAAAUGGGAAUUAGAUAGCAAACAAAAGAGAGUCGAAACUAAUUUUGAAUUUUCAGAGACUAUUACGUUCCCUAGCAUUGAUACACCCAUAGCACCAUGGGUUAAAUCCCCUUCUGAAGAUACGUCGUCCCUGGAGGACUCAUACGAACCAUCUGUGAUGUACCAAGAAAAAAAGACAAAAGAUAGAAAGUUAUCCGCUAAACGAUCAUUCAAGACUCUCAAGGAUCAAAUAAGCUCAUUGAAGCAGAGACGUGCCGAAAGUGUAGACUCUGUAACACUUACUCCAGCUCCUCGAUUGAAAACAAGGCAAAAUUCAGCUUCGUCCCUUCCAACAACAAAAACUCCAUUGGUAAAAAAGACAAUGUUCUUGAGACGAUUCAGUAGUAGCAGCGAUGUUUGUUCUGUUGACAGCAAUAGUAAACAAAAAGCAGCAGUGCCUACAAAAAAGAAUAGUAUAAAGUCAGAGUCGAUUCAGAAACUAAAGCUGUUUAGUUUAAAGUUGAAAAGUAGUCAAUGA